CGCGUCGACUUCUAUCUUCUGCUUCUGGUGUUAUGAAACGACAAAACAACCGCUGCCACCGAAUCGAGCAAUGGACAGCCGACGAGAAGAACCCAAAAACAACCCAGCCGAGGAAGAAGGCGGGCCGGAGGUGUGGGAGGCUUUGAACAGGAAUUUCAAGCAAGUGCAGUCCGUGCUGGACAAAAACAGAGCCUUGAUUCAACAAGUGAACGAGAAUCACCGCUCCAAGAUCGCCGAUAACAUGGUUAAGAACGUCGCUUUGAUUCGAGAAAUCAACGUCAAUAUCUCCAAGGUUGCUUCUCUCUACUCUGAUCUCUCCUCUGACUUCUCCUCCAUGUUUCACCAAAGAAACGAAAACACCCCAGACAACAAUAAGGAGGAGGAGGGAAGCAGCAAUAACAGUAUGAACUCUUGAAUUUUUCUUUAUUUUCUUCAUAGGUUUAAAAUUUUAGGUGUUUGAUCAGCAAUAUCACUCUGUAUGAAUGAUGUCUGUGUUCUUUAUGGGAUAUGGCUUCUGGGUUUAGCGCAAAUAAGGCUUUUAUGUUCUGUUUUAUCUCUUUUGAUUACGUGGCUUGGAGUUUUCUAAAUCUGAUUUAACUGAGCUUUUGAUUAUGUGGUUUUGAGUUUUCUAAGUCUGAUUUAACUGAGCUUUUGAGAUUUCUAGAGUUUACUUUGUUCAUUGACUACCAAGUACAGAUGUGAUCAGCACUAAUUAUAAGAGUGAAGCAACAUAUUUUAGUAGAACAAUAGGCGAUUGAUUUGGAGAGCGACUGUUCAAAUAUGGUGUUUCUCAGCUUGAGUUUGGAACUUGUUUGUUCUAAGAGUUGUAAUUUAGUCUGUUUAAUUUGAGAUAAGGAACUUUUUUUGAAUGUCUCA